AUGUCUAAUUCUAAUGCCACCGGAGUUAUACUUACCAUUCAAGGUGACGAUUACUACUUUGAGACAUCAUCUUAUCCGCUCGCUCGAGUCCCACCAGACUCUAGCUGUGAUGACGACUUUUCCCUUGCCGCCGUGUGGAAUUUUCCCAAUGAAUACUGUGGUCUCCGGGAACUGUUCGAGGUAAAGAUCCAGCUCGAGGAGGCGGACGAGAACGUCUGGGAUCCAGCUUUUUCAGAGACCAUCAUCCUCCGGGCUGCACGACAAGUGCAUCUUGCAGCAGACAUCAAAUCUCACCGGGUGGUGUGCGUCGUGGACGAUUCCAAAAACCUCACCCAAGGUCCUUGCGUGAUCCAAAACCGCACCGGUAAAGUCCUUCAGGCGUUCAAGCUGCAACGGGAUACGCACAAGGCGUUUGUAGGUGGGGUCCUGCGCAUUGACAGGUCGCCAGCGGCGGCGGCAUAUCGCUGGUACAACUCUUCUGAUCGUAUACCCGUGCCCUACAAACAACCAGCAACACCGGCAGAUUUGUCAGAUAGGCCCCUGAACGGGCUCCGCUUCGCCGUCAAAGACACCAUCGACGUCGCAGGUCUGCAGACCAGAUGCGGCAGUUCGGCGUGGGCAAACACGUACCCGGCGCGCACCAAAACGGCCGACUUUGUGACGCGGCUAGUCGAGGCGGGCGCCGUCCUCGUCGGCAAGCUGCGGUGCGACCAGCUCUGCGAUGCGCAGGACCCGCUCGAGCGCUCCGAGGAGGAGACGCCUUGGAACCCCCGAGGCGACGGCUUCCAGAAGCCCUCGGGCUCAUCGUCGGGGUCCGCUGCCGCCUGCGCCGCCUAUCCCUGGCUCGAUUUCACCAUCGGAGGCGACACGGGCGGCAGCAUCCGACACCCUGCCGCGGUCAACGGGGUCUACGGCCUGCGGACGUCACUUGGGUCAGUUCCCAGCAGCGGCCUCGUUGCCUGCGCGCGGAUGGACACCGUCGGGCCGCUUGCGCGCUCGGCCGAGGUCCUGGACAGGCUGGCGCGCGUCAUGAUCUCCAGCGAAGGACCAUCUCUCCCAACCCAGACACCCGCGGAACCCACCCCUCGCUUCCGCCUCGUCGUACUCACAGACUCGUACCACACCGCCGCCGAAGCGGUGCGCUUCUUCCCGCCCGAGGACUUCCCAGACGUCCCGAACAGGGCAGCCCUGGCAGUCUUCAGCGAGGUCCUGUGUCGGGUGGAGCAGAUGUCGGGCGAGGCCCGGUGGCACGUCAACCCGCACGAGGUCUGGCGCAAGACGCACCCGGCGGGCAUGACCGACGACCUGGUCAAGGCGACGCGGGACAUAUACCCGAGGCUUGUGUACAGCGACCUGCGGCGCGACGUCGUCGUCCCUCUGGAUAGAGACCACCGCGCCCGGCACGGCGGGGAGGCGGCGCACCUGGAGCCGCUGCUCAAGGCGCGGCUCGAGUUCACGGCGGGGAUCACGCAGGCCGAGUACGACGAGACCGCCGCAGACUUUGAUAGGUUUCGUGACUGGGUCAACGAGGAGCUGCUGCCGUCGCCGGCCCAGAACGGCGGCGAGAUCCCGCUCGUCGUGUUCCCGCAGUCGUGGGGUCUGCCACAGUACCGCGACGACGCAGCGCCUGACCGGACCCGGCCUCAAGAUCUCUUCUUCCAGAAUGCUUUUUCGUCCUACUCGCUCAGCUACUGCUCCGGCUGUCCGGACGUCACAGUGCCCGUCGGCCAGGUGCAGGUGCACUCCAGAGUGACCGAGACCGAAGUCGGGCUGCCCGUGGCCUUGUCGUUCUUGGCACCCAAGGGAGCAGACUUGCAGCUUACUGCGCUCUUGAAGAUGUUUGAGGAAGCGGGAGUGUUCAAACCUGUCUGUUGUGGGAAGAACUUGUACCUAUGA